CGCGGUUUUUUUUGUCGGUACCACUGAGACGCCGACAUUCAAAGGAAAAGCUAGCGACUGCCACGACGAGGAGGGAGCAAGCGGCCCUUGGGGUGAGCUUAUUUGGAUUUCGGGAUAAGACUUCAUCUUCAAAAAAUGACCAGGGGAAACCAGCGUGAGCUUGCACGCCAGAAAAAUGCCAAAAAGCAAGGUGACCAAAGCAAGGGGAAGAGGAACGAGGAUGGGUUGUCUGCUGCUGCACGGAAGCUGAGGGAUGCAGAGAUAAUGCAACAGAAGCAGAAAAAGUCAACUGAAGGCGGGAAAGCAAAUGACAAGUCCAAAUAAUGUCAGAAGCCCAAGACAAGUUAAGAUCAGUGUUCAAGAAGGUCCUUUGUCUGACAUUCUUCUUGAUAUUUAUGAGAAUGGAUCUUUUUAAUUUUUCGUCUAGACUCAAGAAUCUCAGAUCCUACAUUCUUCCCCAUGGCAAAUGACAUUGCUUGUUGUUUAUUGGAAUUGUUCUAUUGAACCGGGUGAAAUAAAGUCGACUUAGUGGUUUUCCCACUUUGGUCGUGCAUGUCAUUCAGAGGAGCAUCAGUGGUAUAAGCAGCAGGAGGGAUUAACAAUUCUUGAAGCAUCUGCGAACAAUUAUGUAUUUUUGUAUCAAAUGUCCCCUAAUGGUUCCAAAUAAAGUGUAUCGGUUUAGUUUA